UGGAAGAUGUGUGCAGUUUUGAGGAACGACUUGGAGUGGAAGGAGGACAGCUGGGACUCCAGCAACUACUUCAUCGGGAAAAAGGUCCUGGACUGUAAAGUCUAUCAGGAUGAGGACACCAAUUCAGAGUCCAUUUGGGUUGCCAUGACAUUGGCCAACCAGAAUGGCCAAGAAGAGACCAUGAAACUAGUGGCACACUCCGGGAAUGACGCAAUGCCCCAAGGGCAUUACAUUGUUCAUGCUUUUGUGAGUGAUCCGAAAAGUGGCUGCGUUGUGGAAGAGUUCCCACUACAUCGCAACAUCCUUGGAGUCACUCGUGUUCACCGUGAGGAGAAAGGUCGGAGCUGGUCGUGUUGUGGACACUCAAUGGAUGAUGGGUGUUAUGUCAGCGGUCUGAAAUUCGUCCUUUCAGCGAGCCAAAAUGACACUUCCGAAUUGGAUGUGAUCCUCCACUGCUGGGAGCAGUGCAAACCUCUCCCUUUCUGUGGGGAUCCUCACAGUCCAAGCUACCACUUCUUCAUGGCAAGCUAUGCAGACCUGACGGGCAAGAAGAAAAGUAGUUUUCUACCACCCGAUUUUCUAGCACACAUCGGUCAUGGCGACAGAUUCUGCCCAUUGGAUGCCUCUGGGAUGCUCCUUGCCGGUACAGCUCGAGGGAAGGCACUUCGUUACGACCUUAAAAUCUUCAGCUCGGUGGGAAAGCAGCUCGGAGUUGGUCAGUGGACACCUGGACCAUUCUGGCAAUUUCGUGCCACUCAUUCGGGUGAGAGAUUGAUUCAGUUACUUGCCCCUUCGGAGCGGAAUGCUGUCGGGUUGUUCGGUCUUGGCCUUGGAGGUCAGAUGACAGUGAAGUGGCAGGAGAUCUUCCAGAACAUUUGGGAAAAGAACCCAGACCUUUGCACCAUCCUUCACGGCACCUAUGAAUCCAUCGAAGACAUUUGUCAUCUUCCACCCAGUCGUAUCACCUCAUGUGAGCUGAAUGCAGCAGUGAACCUGGGGAAGUCGCCAUCGUUGGUCAUCCCAGCAUCCAAAGCCCAGCAGGUUUUGUCCAAAUUCCUGGGCGCUCUCUUCGGUGACCGAAAUCCACAGCCGGAAGCCAUCAGUGUUCGUUUCACCGAGGGGAUGGCACUUGGUGGCCUGGAGCCACUUGGGUCAAGACUUUUGAGACCAUUCAGAUGCAGGGUUCAACACGGAUGUCAAGGUGGAAGCCUAGGUUUCCAUUUGGUGGAGAGCAGCGAAAUGCGGAAAGUCAUCACAUUACACGGUUCAGUUGAAGACUUGAUCUCUGACCUCGAACAAACCUGUGCUGGCGGAGAGCUUGAGCUUUGCAAGGGGCUGAUCCGUGAUGGAAAGGCUUCAACAGUUCUUGGAAUGCGCAAUGGAAUUGGCUAUUCUGGCCGGUUGGACCAGGAAGUCAUGUCAAUGCGGAUCUCCAAUCCAUUUGUGCAUGCCCUGAUGGCUUGUAGCAUGGUCAUGCCAGAUGGACAAGUGAGAUAUGACACCAAGACAAAAGCCUUCUACCCAGUCAUUUGGGAUGGAGGAAACCUGCGUCGGGAGGCAGCUUGCGCCCUGAUCCUAGAAAUUCUGAAGGCCAUGAAAGCAUGUCAGACAACGGCAGGAUUCGGUGAACGGUACCCAGCCUGCCCGGCUGCCCGGCUACCGCUGACUCGGCGACAGGAAUUCAAAACGCCCACAGGUCCCAGUGGAUCUCUGGAGUUUGGUGGGGCAGGCUAUGCAUCGCCCCAAGCGGAUAAGGAUCCAUCGCCAAGUGGGCCAAAGUUAGGUGCCCAUAGCGUGGCAGAUCAAUCCCUGCUGGCAAACAACAGCAAGGCUGAUGGGGAUGAAUGGCGUGGUUGGACAAUCCAAACGUCUCCUCAGGGCAAACUGUUCUUUCAUCACAUUGCCUCCAACACCUCUCAAUGGCAAAUGCCACCAGAGCUUGGCCCUGUGCUUGGUGAGUGGAGCCAGGUUGAGGAGGAUGGAAAACGGUACUGGCGCAAUGAGAAGUUGGGAGUUUCCUCUUGGAAGGACCCACGUCGUACUACCAAUCUUUUUCAGGCCGCAUUAGAUGGAAACCUCUUCUUCUUGCAGCUGUACACGGAGGUUGGCGGCUUCCUGGAUGCUGUGGAUAGCAAAGGUCGAACUGCCUUGCACUACAAUUGUGCUGGUGGUUCCGCCCAGGCAGUGCAUUACCUAUUGCAGCACGGUGCAAGUGUGGAUUUGCUGGACCGUUCAGGUUCAACGCCAUUGCACUGGGCUGCCCGCUAUGGCCAUGCUCCCAUUGUAAGGUUACUUCUGGAGUCCAAAGCGCACCCGGAUUACCAAAACAGCAUGGGUGAUACAGCAAUGCAUGAGGCUGCUGCAUUAGGGCUUGUGGAGCCAUUGCAGUGGCUGGUGCCAUGGGGAAGCCCAUGGCAGCCCUGGAUCAAUGAACUACCGACAUAG